AUGGAAUCAAAUCACAAAUCCGGGGAUGGAUUGACCGGCACACAGAAAGAAGCCGCCCUCCGUGCGUUAAUUCAGCGAACAGGAUAUAAUUUGAUCCAGGAAAAUGGGCAGAGGAAAUAUGGGGGACCACCACCGGGCUGGGAUGGCCCUCCACCAGAGAGGGGCUGUGAGAUCUUCAUUGGGAAACUGCCCCGAGACCUCUUUGAGGAUGAACUCAUCCCCCUCUGUGAAAAGAUUGGCAAAAUCUAUGAGAUGAGGAUGAUGAUGGACUUCAAUGGCAACAACAGGGGCUACGCCUUUGUGACCUUCUCCAAUAAACAGGAGGCCAAGAAUGCUAUAAAGACACUCAAUAAUUAUGAAAUCAGGAACGGGAGGCUCCUGGGCGUGUGUGCCAGCGUGGACAACUGCCGCCUGUUCGUGGGGGGCAUCCCCAAAACCAAGAAGAGGGAGGAGAUCCUGGCAGAGAUGAAGAAGGUCACGGACGGCGUCGUGGACGUCAUCGUCUACCCCAGCGCGGCCGAUAAAACCAAAAACAGGGGCUUUGCCUUCGUGGAGUACGAGAGCCACCGGGCAGCAGCCAUGGCCAGGAGGAAGCUGCUCCCAGGAAGGAUCCAGCUGUGGGGACACCCCAUUGCCGUGGACUGGGCAGAGCCAGAGGUGGAGGUGGAUGAGGACACCAUGUCCUCAGUGAAGAUCCUCUACGUGAGGAACCUCAUGCUCUCCACCACCGAGGAGACCAUUGAGAAGGAGUUCAACAGCAUCAAACCAGGUGCAGUGGAGAGAGUAAAGAAAAUUAGAGACUACGCCUUUGUGCACUUUAAUAAAAGAGAACACGCAGUGGAGGCCAUGAAAGCCUUGAAUGGGAAGGUGCUGGAUGGCUCCCCCAUCGAGGUGACCUUGGCCAAGCCGGUGGACAAGGACAGCUACGUGAGGUACACGCGUGGCACGGGUGGCAGGGCCCCGGUGCUGCAGGGGGACUACACCUACACCCUGGGCCACCUGUACGACCCCGCCACCGCCUACCUGGGCGCCCCGGUCUUCUACGCACCGCAGGCCUACGCAGCCAUCCCCAACCUGCACUUCCCCGCCGCCAAGGGGCUCGGCGGCAGGAGCAUCCUCCGGCCCCCCUCUGUCCGAGAAAUUUACAUGAAUGUACCUGUAGGGGCUGCGGGCGUCCGAGGCCUGGGAGGCCGCGGCUACCUGGCGUUCCCAGGCCUGGGGCGCGGAUACCACCUCAAGGGAGACAAGAGGGGAGAGGAGAAGCUCUAUGACCUCCUGCCAGGGAUGGAGCUCACCCCCAUGAACCACGUCACGCUGAAGCCCCAAGGGAUCAAACUCGCCCCUCAGAUCUUAGAAGAAAUCUGCCAGAAAAACAACUGGGGACAGCCUGUGUACCAGCUCCACUCUGCCAUUGGCCAGGAUCAAAGACAGCUCUUCCUCUACAAAAUCACCAUCCCUGCCCUUGCCAGCCAGAACCCCACCAUACACCCCUUCACACCGCCCAAGCUCAGCGCCUACAUCGACGAGGCCAAGACCUACGCGGCAGAGUACACCCUGCAGACCCUGGGCAUCCCCGUGGAGGGGGCAGAGGUGCCUCCUGCAGCACCAGCUUUCCCAGGAUACACCAUUGCUAACGCAGCUGCCACUGUCACAGCCACUCAGCUCAAGCAAGCAGUGACAUUGGGACAAGAUUUGGCCACGUAUGCCACCUAUGAAGCCUAUCCUGCCUUUGCUGUCGCCGCACGGAGCGAUGGCUACGGAGCCUUUUAA